AUGAUUAGUCGAUUAAUUGAUUAGUUGGCUGAAAGUAAAUGAACUGUCAUAUUAAUAUGCUCUUUAAAAUGAUCAGAUAUUCUUCAAAACAUUCUGUCUUCCUUCCUAUAAUAAUUUGCCUUUUCUUUUAUGCUUUUUUUUGUUUUAAAAAUAUCUACAAUACUGUUUGUAAAGCAGUAAAACAGAUGUAAACACAACGACUGGCGAGUGACGUCUUUACGUCAUAUCCCGAGAACAGCUUUAGGUGCGCUUGUUUAAUAUAUCAUGCCAAACGCGCGGACGGAGUUUCCUCCUUUGAGCAGGUGUAUUCUAUUCACACUGCCGAAGCACCGCCAACUCGGGACACACAAGGUGAAGAAUUGAGCGACAGAUAUGAUUCCAGACAGUGAAGGCGGGAGGCUGAGAAGCAGAACUUUUAGUAUGAGCGCUGCUAGCUUUGUUUGUAGUGGGUACAAACAAUCAGCAACAAUAGCAAGACUGACAUGUAGAUACGUGACUCCAGUCCGCUCCGGAGUUAGUAAACAUCAUCUCAUUGAUAACAUUGCCUGCGUAGACUGUUGAUUCCUCGUCUGUUUUGAAGCUAACUCAGAGAGCAGUUUGUCUAAGUUGCUAAGCUAGCGUUUGAGCCUUAACGUCAACUUUUGGUCAUCUAACCUCCUGGGGUUUGCUGGUUUUGACUGGUUCAGUGGAAUGGAUACAAGGACACCUAAGGAAACUGAUGCUAGUCUUCCUUUCGAUGCACUUCAGCUCCUGGCCCCGCCUGUGCGUCUGGUGUCUGCAGCUCUCUGGAAGGUGCUGAAGCAGAGGGACGUGGUGCAGUAUGGGGUCGUGGAGGAAUUUGUGACAUCCGCCUGUGAGACGGUCCCCGGGCUGCUCACUGUGAGACACCAGGGAAAGCUGGCACUGGGGCUGAGAGGACGGCUGAUCUUGGAGCUGUGCCGUACACAGCCUGAUGCAAAGGUGAUUGAGCCUCACCUGAAAAGGAUCCGCGCUCCGGCUGCCUCUUCAUCCUCCUUAGCCGCAACUGUGAGGAAGGAUGUCAAAAUCAAGAGAACAGUCGAAAGUUUCCAUUCACUGAUCCACACACUGCUAACAGACGCAGCUGAGAGAGAACAGUUCUUCAAGGAGGAGUUUCCUGUGGAUUAUGGUCCAAGGUUUGACGAGGAGCUGGAGAAGCUGCUGUGGGAGUUUUUGAUUCGACUGGACCAGUUGCUUCCCGUUCCCAACCUAGCUCAGACUGUGUCGUGGCUCAGUGAUGCCCCCCCUGUCCUGGAGGAGUGUGCACGGUCAGCCACCCAGCCCCAGCUCCUGCAGAUUUUGCUUCAGCAUCAAACCUGUCUCGGUCAUCUCGAGCCAGCAGCAUCCCUCCCUCCAAACAUGGGAGACUCCAUCCUGGAUCUGCUUUCUCUGCCACCUUCCGGAAGAGCGCCUUCGAAUCAGCCAUCAGGAGCCAAAUCGUCUGCUGCAGAUCAGUCUGACUGCACACAGACAAGAGACAAAGCACCUUUUAUUAAACCUGUCAUCGGACUAAUAUCUAACGAAGACGUGCCAGUUAUGAUCUCUGCCAGCAAAAGGGUGCUGGGAGGUGGCGAACCAGCCAGCUCAAAAGAUGAAACCGACCCAAACGAGAGCUCACAAUUCACUGUGGUUAAACCGAGAGAAAAACCCAGUGAUGGUGGGGUGAACGAGGGCGAAGAGCAGCUGGAGGAGGAGAGGUAUGCCUCAAAAAGAAGCAGAGGAGUUAAACGCAAGCAGCCUGACAAAAGACAACGAGAAUCUGAUGAAGAGGAGGAGGAAGAAAAUGAAGUGUUAUACAUGACCAAAUUGGGGAAAAAGAGGAUAAGCAGUGUCAGGCAGAGCGACGAAGACGGAGCAGCAAGAAACGAUGAGUGUAGCAGAGCAGCCCUGGCAACCCGUAUGACCCAGCUGGGUCUCCACCUGCCCGACGAUCCGUCCCUCUGCUCCAUUUUUGCGUCUUGCCUGAGCAGCCAGCCCAGAGUUAUUAUCGAAAAACUGCCAGAGGCUUCUGCUGGAGCUGAGAGGCCUGGCAGAGGAGGAAAUUCCUUCCAUAAAAAACAGCAGAAUCAGAGGAGGAAGUCACCAGCCAAAGCUCCAACACAUAAAAACACAAGGAACCAACUUCAAAAGUCUGACUCUGACAUUUCUGGCUUGGAUGAUAAAGAAAAUCACCCUGUACCCCCGAGUAUAAGCAGCAGCUCUUCCUCUCAGCUACGGAGUAACACAGAGAUGUCGGCCCUUCCUGGAGACGGCGACGACUAUGUGGCUGAUUCGGAGGAUGAAGCAACAAAGAACUUCAAAGGCAGGCUGUUCAUGAAGCGCUACUACAAGACCAAACACGGCACAUAUGUUCCCACUCUGAGGGAGUUCUGGAAACCGGGGAUGACACGGCGGGACUUUCUGUCUGCUGGCACCAAACGCAGGUGAUGAAAUGGAUUUUCACUGCCAAGUUUAGUAAAUACCGGCGGACUUGGAUGGCGGCUGAGCUGGAUUUCUGCACCAGCUGCAUCGACUCAAAAGGCAAAUAUUAUUUGUAAUGCACCAGCAGCCGCUGUGGCUGAUUUUUAUUAAAAAUCAUUACUUAUAUUUGUCUUGAUUUAUGUUGUAACUGUAGCUGAAUCAGUUUAGCUUAAAAAGUGGUGAGUAAUCAUGGAAAACGCCCUGAAAUGGCACUGAUUGUCAUCGCCAUUAUCAAUGAAAUACAUUUUGUUUGUAAAUAAAGAUACAGUAUCUAUUAAUUUUUAAUCUUGCAAAUGUGUACCUUUUGUAAACAUUUUAAACUUGUAAUAUGUAAUAUACUCCAUUAAUAAAGGUUUUUGUUUUUGUUUUGUACAAGAAAAA